GCCUCCUUCUCCAAGGCGAUCAAUAGGAUCUCAGGCGCACUACAAGCACUCUCUUACGUAGACAUCCACCAAGGAGAGAGCCGAUACAACAACACGGUUGAUCUGCUCAAACACAAAAAUCUACCUGCUUUCUGAAUCAUGUCGUUGAGCCCAAAGCACACUACGCCUUUUUCAGUGACAGAUAUUUUGAGUCCAAUCGAGGAGACCUACAAGAAGUUUAGUGGCAUGGACGGCGCAGGGAACCUAACCUCUCCACUGGGAGCCUACCGACAGCCUCAGGUGUCUCAGACCGGCAUGCAACAGCACUCCAUGGGCCACAACGCCACCGUGGCCACCACUUACCACAUGCCGCACACCGUCUCCCAGUUCUCCCACAGCGCAAUGGGGGGAUAUUGCAAUGGAAGCAUAAGCAACAUGGGAGACCUCCCGUCGUACCAGGAGAGCAUGCGGAAUAGUGCAGCAGCAACAGGAUGGUACAGCGCCAACCCGGAUCCCAGAUAUUCCACAAGUAAGUACAAUAUCACAUUUAUGCACACUUUCUUAUUUUUUAAAAGAAAUGUCGACAUAAUAAGUAUGUUUUUAUUAGGAAUGAGAUACACGCACAGUAUUUAAUAGUAUCUCCUCUUUAGGCAUUGAAUUUAUAUUAAAGGCUGAGUGAUAAAAACUUUGCAAAAUAAUAAAAAAAAAACUUUUUUAGGGAAUUUUAUUUGAAAAAAGAAAUAUUUACACACCAGUAAAACUGAAAAGGAGAUCAUUCUUUCAAGUCUGUCUUGGCUUUUAUCAUCUUUGGGGCCAAAUAUUUUUAAAGUAAGCUCGCAGUGACUUUAUUAUUAUUAUUAUAAUUAUCAUCAUUAUUAUUAUUGUACUAUUAUCAUUAUUAUUGUUAUUAUUACCAUGAUUAUAAUUAUCUUCAGCUUACUCUAUAAGAGCAAAGAAUAAAUGAUUUCUGCAGCAGGCGAAACAGUGUUCUCCUCUUCUGUUUAUUGAACGCAUGUAUAUGUAUGUAUAUUUUUAAGUUUCUAGAUUCAUGGGACCUUCCACAGGUAUGAACAUGACCGGCAUGGGGGGUCUCACAGGAAUGGCGGACGCCACCAAAUCUAUGCCAGCUCUCCACGCGGCGCCCAGAAGGAAACGGCGCGUGCUGUUCUCGCAGGCUCAAGUCUACGAGCUGGAGAGGAGAUUUAAGCAGCAGAAGUACCUGUCUGCGCCUGAGAGGGAGCACCUGGCCAGCAUGAUCCACCUGACACCGACCCAGGUGAAGAUCUGGUUUCAGAACCACCGAUACAAGAUGAAACGGCAGGCCAAGGACAAGGCGGCGCAGCAGAUGCAGCAGCAGCAGCAACAGGACGGUAACCUGUGCCAACAGCAGGCGCAGUCCCCGAGGCGCGUAGCCGUGCCAGUUCUGGUGAAGGACGGUAAACCGUGCCAGAACGGCUCGAACACGCCGACGCCGAACCAGCAACAGGUACAACAGAGCCAACAACAAAGCCAACAACAGAACGGGGCAGGAGUUGUGCUCGCAUCCCCGACCAGCAGUCUCAACCAGCAUCAGAGCCAGCAGCAGGUGAACGCUUUGGAGCUAGAGGAAAUGUCACCCAGUCCCCCCUCACUGCACAGUCAGCUCAACAUGGCCCAGAUAGACACCUCUGCCGUAGAUUACACCAGUAACAUGGUCAGCUCAAACCUCCUGUACGGCAGAACGUGGUAGGACCUCCAACUAUCACUCCACUUUUUUAUGUGAACCUGCGGAUGAGCCCAUGCAACAGCAAAAUACAACUUUUCUUAUAUAUAUAUAUAUAUAUAUAUAUAUAUAUAUAUAUAUGUCACACGGAGGCUAAAAGAUGGCCUUUGUCGGUUGAGGGACAGGGCGCACAGACUGAGGCGCACCAGCUGAUCAGGGCACAUUUUCUUGACAUCUCUGACAGGGGGAGUCUAUUUUUGAACAUUGCAGAAAUGGCUGCCCUCGUAAGCAAUCAUGUCGUUUCUGGACCUUUUGUAAUCCAUGUUUUGGACCUUCCUCAUGAUGUUUUAAACGUAGUCUAUGUUGUUGAAACAAAAAGGAAUGCUGCUUCACUAGAUUGCGGACUGGGGGUGUGGGGAGGGUGGGAUCAGGUUUGGAGUACACUGAGCCACCACUCCUUAUUUGCGGUGAUAACCUGGUAUUUUAACAUAUUAAUAUUGUAAACUAAUGUAUUCAUUUAGACUUACGAAAUAAAGUAGGGACUUGUAUAUUUGGCUAACACACAUGAAUGCGUUCAACUGUAUAAUAAUCGUUAUGGCGUCCACUUUUAUGUUUUCUUUAUUCUUUUGUAAGUUAAAAAGGAACAAAUGCGUUAUGGCUGCUGUAUAUGUUUCAAACCCAAGUGAACGUUAACAAUAAAUAACUUGAAGUGUGAGAGCUAUUCCUGAGGAAGUAAUUUUUUUUAAAGGCAUCUGUUUUUCGAGUGCAUUUUCAUUAUGUUGUGAUUGAGACCAAAUUGAGCUGGAAAGCAAGGUCGAUGAGGGAGCCAGCAUUGUUCAGGUGACAUUUUGGAGAGCUGCCUUUCAUGGACGAUGUCUGCGAGACUCUGAGACGCGAAAUCACCC